UUUAACAAAUAAUGAAGUUUUUACAAUCGAUCAAGUAUAUGAUGUCGAAACUAACAAAAUGAGCAAGCUCAUAAAUCCUUAUAUAGUAGUCAUUCAACAAGAUGAAGUAUUAGAAACGUAUAGACUUAAACGAAUAAAAAUUGUCAAUGCUGAAGCAAAGGAAAAUGUGAUUAAUAAAGAGUCUAAUCCUCAUUAUCUUGGUUGUUAUGCAGACCUAAAACGUUCAAUUUGUAAUAGAAUCACGACAAAAGAGACUCCUAUCAAAUACAGUGAAGGAUUUUGUUGUUCUUGUAAUAUGGCGACCAAUAUCGAACGACAACUACAUGACUGUCAAGGACGAAGCCGAUUUAAGCACGUUAUCCACACAAGAAAUAAUUAUAAAGACAAAUUUGAAAUAAUCAUCAAUCAAAUAGUAGAUAAUAUUACCUUGGACAGUGAUGAAGUAUAUGAUAAGAGAUCAAGUUCAACAAAUCAAAUACGAGGAGGUCAAAAUUGUGAAAAUUUAAAAACACCAAAAUAUAUAGAUGAACCCUACCGGUAUCAUGAAAGUAGUCAUUGUUUGCAAUUCAGUGAUUUAUGGUAUAACAUUAACAAAUUAGAAUCUGCGUCCUAUUACCAUUCAGUUACAAUAAGUGUUUAUGAAAAAUAUUCAAAGAAUGAUAAACCGGCAUACAAAAAAAUUAUUUCUAAAGUCAAGUUAAGUACAAAAAACAAGAAUUACAAAAAUAAAGACUCAACUAUGCAAACAAAUUUUGUGGCAUUAACAUUUGGAGAUAAUCAAUAUUAUAGUUUGGAUGUAGAUCGCGAUAGACUUUUAAUACCAAGAAAAGUACCACCUAUAGUUGAACACCAGUAUCCACAAGCAGUGGAUGACCCCAAAAAGUAUUUAGUUGUAAAUGCAAAUAAUAUAACUAUCAAAGGUGAUGAAUGUAAUAAAGUUGGAGUAUCAUAUGAAGCAUUCUAUAAACAGUAUAACAGAUGUGGUGAGCCAAGAUCUAGUUGUUUGAAAAAUCAACCAUCACAUUUAUGGGAAAAUGAUAUGAAUACUGAUAUUGUUAAAAAAAUCGAUGAAAAAGAAACAUUAAAUUUGCUGUAUGAAAUGGACUAUACUAGUGAAUUAUUGAUCCAUUCAAUAACAAACUACAACAGCGCUCUUUCAACAAAAUCUAUUCUAGAAAUUGUAGAAAUAUAUUCAGAUGCAACUAAAAAUGAACUAACUACAGUUGUUGCAAUAAUAUAUAACAUUGGAAUGAUAGCUGAUGUAUUUAAAGUGCAGUUAAUACAAUUUCCAUUAAAUUCAGCAAAAAACUUCACUAAAAUACAAAGUUUUGAUGCACAGAUUUUUCCUUUUCAUCGAUAUAACUAUAUUUUAAAAGUAUAUGGAUCACUGAUUAGUUCCAACAUCAAUUGUACAAUACAAGUAUUAGAUCAAUUGAAUAAAGUAAUAGCUUGGAGACAUGUUCUAAUAAGUGAAGCAAACCGUUGUUUUUGUGUGUGGAAAUGUGCAUGUUCUUGUACAACUAUUGAAAAUCAAUCAUUUACAUCUGAUUGUAAAAUGAUAUCUAAAGAACAGUAUAACAAUGCUGGAUUUCAAGGUGCACUACCUCCAAUAUUAAACAACAAUACAAAAUGGAAUAUAAUUCAUUUGACAGUUAUAAUCUUAGCAACAUAUUGUAUAAUUAAAGCAUUUAUUGGAUUGUGUUAUAAGCCAAUAGGAUCAUUUGGACUUAAUCUAAUAUUUCAUGAAAAAUCAAAAAAUUUAAAGUACUACUUGGAACCAGAAAUAUGCUCAAUCUGUGUUAUUUAUGAUACAAAUGGUUAUGCUGUGCAUCCAUAUUCUAAAAAGCGAACAGUUCAAUUGGAAUCAUAUGAUGAAUUCAGUGAUGAAAAAUCUCAUAACUCAUUUCUAAAUUUAGUAAAUGACACAAUGGAUGAAUCUGACAACAUAACAUAA